AUGAGCGAGAGCGACGACGCCGAGAUCUGCCUGCGGGUGCUGGCUUCGACUGCGAUCCUAUAUCGACCUAUUUCGGUCCCUGAACUCGUUGCGCUCGUGGAGCAGCUUGAGGACUUGGACGACCUAGAGUCGGUACAGGAGGUUAUCGGCUUCUACGGUAUCAGGCCAACUCUAAGCGAGGAGUGGAGCGCGUGUCUACAGACGCUCGAGGGGCAUAGCGGUGAGGUCAGCUCAGUGGCCUUCUCGCCCGACUCGACGCAGCUGGCGUCGGCGUCUUGGGACAGCACCGUCAAGAUCUGGGAUGCGGCCAGCGGCGCGUGUCUACAGACGCUCGAGGGCCAUAGCAGUUAUCUCACCUUAGUGGCCUUCUCGCCCGACUCGACGCGGCUGGCGUCGGCGUCCCACGACAGCACCGUCAAGAUCUGGGAUGCGACCAGCGGCGCGUGUCUGUAA